GCAGCUCGCAUCAUCAUCAUCAUCAUCAUCACCCGACCUGUGUCCAACUGUACUUUUUUACGAACUAUGGCGAGCAAACAGAGCAGGACUUCUUCUCUUAACUUCACCAUCGACAGCAUCCUCAACUUGAGGCAGGAGAAGAAGCCGAGAGAGAAAACAUGCAACAAACACUGCAAUCCGGAUGAUUCCGAGGAGGAAAAAAGAUGUGGAAGGGAUGUUGGGACGUGCUUUGAGGAGGACACGUGGGACGUCCACAGGAGGAAGGACAGUGGAUACCAGGAAACAGCACCAAGCAAACCAAACGCGGACCCUGGAACGUCAGAGCCAGGACUCCCAACGCCAACACCACCACCGAGCAGGAAGAAGACGCGCACCAUCUUUUCUAAGAGGCAGAUCUUCCAGCUGGAGGCCACGUUUGAGAUGAAGCGCUACCUGAGCAGCUCAGAGCGAGCGGGCCUGGCUCGCGCGUUGAAUCUCACCGAGACCCAAGUCAAAAUCUGGUUCCAGAACCGACGCAACAAACUCAAGAGGCAGCUGUCCACCUCCCCGGCGGACGCAGCGGUGGUGGAAAAUGCAAUUUUCAAAGGGAGUAACCACCUCCAGGCUGGAUGUUUUGUACCGGUGGGCUUUCCCGUCUGGUACCACAACCCACACACUGCGCCUUACAUCUACUUCUCCAACACGGCUAAAUAUUUUGGACUUUUUGAUGGACACGGAUGA